AUGAAAUAUGGUCAAACAUAUUUCAUACCAAUAUCAUCACUUUCUUCACGAUUAAAAAUAAAUCCAUUUUAUGGUUCAAAUAAUAAUAAUAAUAAUAAUUUAUCAUCAAUAACACAUUCAGAUAAAGAAUGUAAUUUAUUUCAUGAUUAUAUUAAUUCAUUAUGUACACAAAUUCGUGUUCUUUUACAAGAACGUUUAGAAUAUCAAAAACAAAUGAAAAUAAUAAAUAAUAAUUCAAGUGAACAUCAACGUUUAACUAAUGUACAAAGUGCUGAACAAGGUAAUGUUGAAUUUAAUAUAUUAUUAUUUAUAAUAAAAUUAUUUAUUACUUUAGGUUCAACUAUUGAAAUACUUCGUUUUGAUAAUAAUCAAAUUCGUUCUCAAUUAUCCAUUGCUCAACGUUGA